UUUAACCCUGGAAAUAGAACCAUCCCCCUUUGAAGUCCAUUAGUCCUGGGAUGGGUGAGGUCCACGCGUCACUGUAAGGAAUCAAGGGGGAUGGGACACUUUGGAGCUCAGCACCUCAGCCCAGCCUCCUGGAUCCAAUGACUGCUGAAACUGAUUUCGCGAAAAGGAGUGGAGGGGGAGAGGGGAGUAUGACUCCCCCAAUUUCCCUCCUUGGCCGCUCCGCCGAGGGCGGGGCUCCGCGGAUGCGUUUGACAGCUGCAAGCCAAAAGAAUGUGCAGCGCUGAGAAGGUUGGAGGAACCAUGCCGCCGCUCCAAGAGAACCGCGCUAUCACGAGGAAUGGGAUGGAGUUUGACCCUCUGUAGCCCGCGUUUGCGCUCCUGAAUCUGGGACAUCAGAAAACAAACCUGACAGUAGAUUUUUCCAGCUUGUUGCCGUGGAUUUUUUUUGUCGGGGGAGGGGAGGAGGGUGGAGAUGCAGCGUGCGCUCUCGUUUCCAGCAACCGUGGAGCGCAGCCGGACCAAGGAGCGCUUGGAGGCGAGUCUGGCCGGGCUGUGUGAGCUGGAGCUCCGCAGGCAGAGGCAGGAGUGUCUGGUGCUGGGAGCGCUCGCUCUUGGAGAGCCUCUAGCCCAGGAUGGCUCCAGAGGAGAGCUGGAAUGCUUCAGCAGCUGGGGCCAGGAAAACUUGACGCUGAGGCGCCAGCUGAGCGCUCUCCACAGUUCUCCGUGGGGCCUUAUGCAGGCGCUGGAGCAGCAGGUGGGAGAUCUGAAGAUUGACGUUGACGACGGCUGCUGUGAGGGAGCUCAACGAGACGCCGGUGACAGUCGGCCGAGUUCUGGAUUCUACGAUUCAAGUGAGGGUCAAUCACCAAAAGGAAAAUCUUCCUCAGCUGAGCCCACUGAGCCUGCCUCCUCCUGGAUUUACACCAAUGACAGGCCUAAGUCUCUAGGAGACAGCUUCAUGCUGCAUGGGGAGCUUGAUGCGCCAGCGAUUCGGCCCAACCUCCCUCGCUCUUUCUCUGCGCCUCACCCGCCUCUGGAGGGCAUUGUAGAGGAGGGGUCAGUCGAGGACUCUUGGCGGUGGGACCCCAGCAUUGCCAGCCAUAUCUGGCAGCAGCAGCCUGCAGAGGAUCAGAUCCCAGAGGAGGACUACCAACAGGCUUUCAGAGUGGAGGGCUACAUCCUGAGUCUCAUCCAGCGUUACGCUCUCCUACCCCGGCCCUGUCAGCCUCGCACCACCCUGACCCCUGACCCCACGUACUGCGGCGCCUCUGGACACAGCUCCCAACACAGGAGAACUCCCUCUCUGACCACAGAGCAACGCCUUCCUGACCCCCAUCCUCAGCCCCAUUCUGACCUAUCGGCAAACCUUAAGAGACAGGAAUGGGGUUGUGACCUGCCAGAGGGGGAGGCCCGCAGGGCUGAGGCCCCAUCUUUUGAGGACGGUUGUUAUUUGCCUCUCUCCUACCCCCAGUCCAGACCAAACCCCUUGACAGGGAGGCUACCAUCACCUCUGCCCUCCUUGGAGCCAAACUGUGGCGUUGGGAAUCUUGACCUUUGCUGUGAACCCCCAUCCCCCCAACAUUACCUACAUCCGCAACCCUCUGUUUAUCAAGUACACAAUCUAGUAAGCGCUCAGUACAUCCCAGGACAAGCCUGCCAUGCUCCUGUACGGUCCCCCAGACACUACAAACCUGAACAGUCGAAGGCCAACCGAGCCGCCGCCUCUCCUGAUCAGCCCAACUCAAAGUCCCGAGCUCCUAAAAAAAGUCACAACGACCGACAGAAAUCCAAGAAGGCAAGCAACAAAACCAACCGAUCCCAGUCUGAAAACAGCCUCCCAGGACAGAAGGCGGCUCCUGACAGGAGGUACGGCACCACAGAAAGGCGCCCGGGACGGACCAAUCCUGGCCCGAACCAAAGCCAGGUCACCGCACCCCAGGUGGCCAACAAGGGCCACAGUGGAAGUCGGCGCUGGUGCUCCAACCUGGAGCUUAGCCAGGACGAGGGUGAGAUCCAGAAUGCAGCGCAGGCGAAUAAACGAGUGUCCCGAAAAGCUCGUCACGCUCACUCCUGCGCCCAGUCCCAUUCCCACCAGCAGCACGCCCAGCGCUGGCAGCAGGACUCUCAGGCCCAGGCCCCCCUCUGUCAGAGCGAGGAGGGCUACGCCGGGGCCGCCCCUGCAGAGUCCGAGUCCAGCAUGAGCGAGGUGUACUCGCCGCCCUCCAGCUCGCUUUCCAGCGACUCAGACGAGAGCGGGGGACUCGUGUGGCCCCAGCAGCUGCCACCUCGCCUUGCUUCUACCUCGUCCUCGUCGUCCGCGUCACCGCAAGCUACUGCCAGUGCCACGACUCAGCCCAAAGCCUUCGUCAAGAUCAAAGCCUCCCACGCUCUCAAAAAGAAGAUUCUCAGAUUCCGCACAGGGUCUCUUAAAGUCAUGACCACUGUUUGAGUCAAAACCUGUUUCAAACCCGUACAACCUUUACCACGAAGGCAUCAAACAAUUCCAGGCAGCUUCAUUGCUUCCCCUUUAGGUCACAAAUCUACACUAAAUAAUGAACAAUCUUAUUGAAAUAAACCUACCUCUACUCCAUCCUUGAUGAGACGCAUCCAUUCAUGAAAAUGAUCAAAAAUGUAGCCCAACCUCCUCAUUCUGUCAGGCUGAAAUUAUCCUUCCCUCGACAACCAUCAGAUACCAAACUGAUGGGCACCAUUCAUUCAUUCAGUGUAACAUGAAUCAACGAUCCAUGUUACACUGUGCUUACAGAGCCAUAAAACUGAUGGAAAAAAGUGACUGAGCUGUUUUUUUUUUCAGCGUUUUAGGUUAAUUAAUUAAAGCUGGGUUGUUGAUUUUUUGUUUUGUUAUAUUUUUUUAUUUAAGGGGGGGUUCAAGAAUUUGCUACCGUCUGCAGCGAAAACACAUGGAAUCCCAACUCUCACUCGACGUUCUGUUGCUUGUUUUGCUUUGCAGCAUGAAAAAUUUAGACACAAAACAAAUGAACAUCACCCUAACAUUCUGGCAUUUAAAUUUGGAUAUCAUUAAUUACAUUUUAUGCAAAGCAAGCAGAUGGAAAAAAAAAAUCUUGCAAUCAUGAAUCAAAACAUUAUAUGGACUUGAGUUAUGCGACGCUUUCACUUCACUUAAGAAAAACUUUAUGUUUCAUCAAUUAUGUUACAAUGUCUUUGUAUGAUAGUAUCACAUCGGCUUUACUCCCUUGAGGCUUUUUCAGGUACCAUUUUUCAUAUUUUCAAUUGAAUUACCUUAUGAACUGUUUACCAGUGGUGUCAUUAAGUUGUUUUGCCUUUCCUUCCCUUUGUCCUGUUAAUGCAGCCACAGCCUUAUGUCAGUACUGACUGUGGAAAUGUGCAUGUUUUCUUCCACCUGCGAUCUUUAGGGAUGAUUCAUUCUGUUUGGUGCCAUUCAUUGGAAUCAGAAAUAAUUCAUCCUCUCCUUGGGCAAAACACAUUUGGUUCAUGUAAUCAUUCACACUCCAUGACUGCUUCUUUUUAGCUCACUGAAACCAUGUUUUCUUCUGCUUACAUGAUGAUGGUUCUAGUUUUGCUUUUCAUUAUAAAAAUCAAAUUUCUUUCACCUGAACUCUUACAGUUUUCUCCUGCAUGUGCUUUUCUGUGAUUGUGCAUUUUUCUCUUUUCAAUACAUUUGGACUUAAGUUUUCUGCGCUUCUCCUUUCAUGUCCUCCUUGGUCUAACUUCAUCUUUCCCAUUCAUAGCCUCCUCAUUCUGCUUGGACUUUCUCCAGAUUUGUACAAGCUACAUCUUUUGCCACAUUCUGUUGAUUUACUUUCGUAAUGGAGUUUUAUGACCCUUUCUCUCGUUUAGUCAGCUGACAGGUAUCUUAUUUGGGGUAGUGUUAUCUUCAGUCCACCAGAUCCAACAGUUCCUUAAGGUAUGCAAGUGCUGUCUUUUAACUUCUUACCAAAUUGUUUAAAUAAACUUGCAGUCUUCGGCUGUUAGAUGAAAUAUUUUAUGUCAUAUCUGUGAUUUCGUUUGACAGUGUAAACUAACUGAAUAAACAUAUUGAUUCCAUUUUGUUUGCCCUGACUUGUAUAACUUUGUUUUUCAUCCUUCCUGUAAAUGUUUUUGUUAAAAAAUACAUCAGUCCUCACAGCAUCAUGGAGGGGAGGCUUGAGAUGAUUAGAUGCCUAUUUAUCUCAAGCAGUGAUUAGGCAACAGUCAGGGUACACCUUGGAUAGAGCACCGAUCCAUCACAUCUUACUUUGUUGUUUUAGCAGUUUAUUGGGACCCGGAAGUAAAUACUUUUACUUUUCUCUAUUUUCCCAUAAAUCCACAUAAUAUCAAAUUACACAGCUCCUUUUGGGAGACUCAUUAGGAUCCUUUACUGUUGUAAUAGGCAUUUAAAUCGCCAAACAUUAGUCAUCCAGAAACUGCUACAACCAGCAACAAUUUCUGACAUUUGUUCAAAGAUGCAUCAGCAUUUUCUAGCUGUUGGUCCAGCUUUAUUUUUAACCACCACUUCACCCAUGUGGAUUAACUCUGACACUUACUGAUAUGUACUGUCUACUACCGCUUUUCUACACCGAUAAGCCCCUAUGAACGGGCAUCUGUGAAUCACAGGGUCCGGUAGAGGCCAUGUUACCAAACCAGUAUGCGUAUAUGCAUGUGUUUUAAAGUAUUUUUAACUGCACAAUAUCAGUAACAAAAAAAAAAAGGCACAGAAAAACACACACUUGUACAUAUGUUUGCUUUUGUAUAUAUCAUCAGGUGGCCUUGUUUACAAUGAAUGUAGUGUGUAAAUUGUCAUUUUGUCACAGUUUGGUACCGCUUUUGUACACAGUUUGUUGGUUUUGUUUACUUUUUUGAUGCAAUAAAUAAUUGACAAAUU